AUGCGGUUUCAGUGGAGGGACUUUGAUGGGGCACAGCAGAACAUCGGGGGCGUCUAUGUUAUCGUUCUUGUUAUCGUUCUUGGUUCUACAGAAGAUGAUGAUGAUGAUGAUGAUGAUGAAGAGACCACUCCUCAGAAGAAGACGAAGAAAAAAACUUCAAAAGAAAGUUCUGAUGGAAAGGAAAAAGACAAGAAGUCCAAAUCAAAAGAUGUCAAAGAGGAUGUAGAUAGUAAAGGUAAAUCUAAAGCCAAGAAAAAGGAACCAGCCUCCAUGUUUCAGAUAAAUGGAGACAAGCCUGAAACCAAGAGUAAAAAGAAAGCAGCUGCCAAAUCUGAGAGUGAAGAUGAGAGCGAACCAGAAACCAAAACCAGCAAGACGAAGAAGAAGAAGAGCAGCUCAAACCCAGCGUCCAUGUUUCAGACAGGAGGGGACAAAGACAAAGACAAGGACAAAAAGACAAAAAAGACCAAAAGUCCUGCUAAAGCAGAAGAGACUGAAGACUCUGACUCAGAAGUGACGCAGAAAAAGAAAAAGGGCAAAGGGAAAAAAGGCAAAAAGGAGGAGCGAGCACCUUCUCCUCCCAUCGAGUUUGACAAUCUGGAGGAGUUCGUACUUCAGCCUGCACAACAGGGCGUCACGGUAAGGUGCAAAGUGACCCGCGACAAGAGAGGGAUGGACCGAGGCCUUUACCCAACAUACUACCUGCACCUGGACAACGAGAAGAAAGUAUUUUUGUUAUCGGGAAGAAAGAGGAAAAAGAGCACAACCUCAAACUACUUGAUCUCCAUUGACCCGACCGACCUCUCCAGAGGAGGGGAAAACUUCAUUGGGAAGCUGAGGUCAAAUCUGAUGGGAACUAAGUUCACGGUGUUUGAUAAUGCACUGCAUCCAGACAGAGCUCUGCCGGACAUGUCUAACGCGAGGCAGGAAUUAGCAGCUAUUAUCUAUGAAACAAAUGUUUUGGGCAUGAAAGGACCAAGGCGAAUGAUUGUAAUUAUUCCUGGCAUGACCAAAGACGGAGAACGAGUCCCCAUUCGACCACGUAGUGUAAGUUAA